CUUCAGUACUUCCUGGUCGACGUAGUCUUUAAUUAAUACAAGUUUUCUCUACAAUAAUACACAAACGUAUUCAUUAUAGAUAUGGAUAUAAUACUGAUAAUCCUGCUGUAUGUGAGUUCAUAUGUUGCUGGAGACACCAUUCCAACAUCUAGACCAUCAAUGUCACGCUUUUAUUCGACAAGUGGUUAUGAGGGGGAUACAAUGAAAUUCGUGUGUUAUCUGUCUUCUCUUGGUGAUCCCCCUGUCGUAUGGAGCUGGUUUUGUGGUGACGAGCAAAUGAUGAGUGAUAUUACAAAUUCAACUACCUAUACCUACCUGUCUUUCCCGCUGUUGUGGAAAUACCAUCAGAAAGUUUGCUACUGUAGAGCGACAUCGCCAUCUACUUCAUUGGUCUAUAACGAGACUUCAUCAAACAGAUAUAUACUCAAUGUCUAUCAUCCUCCUCCAACUAAACCGAUGAUAUAUGCUCUGUCUUCUUCAACUGUCCGAUCUGUAGAGAGCAUACAAGCCAAAUGCAAUUUAAGUUCCCUUGGUUAUCCACAAAUUUCAUGGAGGUGGUUCUGUGGUAAUCAAGCUCCAAUAUCCGGUACGAGUGUUCAGUUAGAGUCAUAUCUAAACUUGAAUAUAAACUUUGAUGACAAAACUAUCGGAUGUAGAUGCAGAGGAACAUCUUCGAGCUCUUACUAUCAAUAUGAUGAGUUUUCCGAUGUCAUUGAAUUUACUAUUUUCUAUAUUCCUGACGACCCACCUGCUGUUAUUACUUUAACACCAAUGACUGUAAGAGUAGGGGAAGACGUAGGCCUUGUUUGUUCGGUAUCCCAACUGAGAGAUCCAGACGUUUCAUGGGGCUGGUUUUGUGGAAAACAAAAGCUUCCAAGCAACAGAGUAGAGCAAACUGGAUCCACGUCAAAAAUCAUUUUCCGAGCAGAGAUGAAUUAUCAUCAACAGUACUGUUACUGCAAACUAAACCAGUCGCUAUAUCAUUAUGUUGCGUACUCCAACGCGAAGAAGUUAACCAUUACUUCGGAUGAUGCCACUCAAUGUCUUUCUCCUGUGGCAUUUGGUACAACCACUAGUAUUUUACUAGCCAUCAUCGUUGCUCUCUCCACUGUUGUUGUCCUGCAGUGUUUGCGGAAGAAAAAAUACAGUAUACGAGAAACAAGAUCAAACGACGAAAUGAGUCUUCAAAAUCCUGUAUAUACAAAUGAACCUUACGAAGAACUUCAAACGAACAGGGGUAAAUACUAGGAAGAAAAUAAAACUUUUAGGAGUCUGACACAAAAGAGAGAAUUUUCCAAGCAAUUGACAGCCUAGUUGUUGACGAUCGUACAUUUCUGUACAAUAUGAUUUUACUAAAAUAGAAUGUAUCGCGUUUAACGCCUAAUGUAAAAGUUAAGGAAGUAGUCGUGUUUGCUUUUAAACUUGUCAAAAUAUCAAAAAUACAUUUCAUUGAAUGUUCAUUAAAUCAAAGUGAAAAAAAUAUUAAAAGAUCCUUUCUUAAAUUUUUUCUAACUUUUAUACAACUUGUUAUAGAAAUGGUGAUCAAAGUUUAAAAUCUUACAAGGACUAUUUAUAAGCUUAUUUAGCAUUUUUUUAACAAUAACAUUGAUGCUGUAUUUUUGAAGUAAAUUUAAUGUAAAUUAAUAAAAAGAUACUUGGGUUUCAGUAUUGAAAGCAUAGAAAAAUGGUCAAAAUGUCUUCAAAUUUUAAGAAAACUAGAUUCAGCAAUAGAAAGGUAAUUCAAAUAUUUAUAUCAACUUAUUGGUAUAAAUUGAUACACACUGUGAUAUUUUAUCAUUUGAUUAUAUAGGUUGUUUGACUGUGUAAAAACAUCAUAAUUUUUUAUUUAUUUAAGAAGUUUGUCUGAUAACGAGAAGACUCCUUAAGAAAAUUUUGUUUCUACCUGUACUAACUGUAUAAUUAUAACUCUGCUAAAUUGAUAUUAUUUUGAUGUAAACGGUUAUAAUAUGUCACUCCAAAAAUAGAAACAUGAUACUGUAAAUGUGUAAUUUUUUUUUUGGCUUAUUUGCCUUUGCUUUGCUUUAAUGUACGAGGGUCAAUCAAUAAAUACGAAGACAAUG